UCCCUUCCCUUCAUUCAUUCUCUUUGUACACCAAACCAACCAAUCCCCUUCUCUUAUCUUAUAGAGUGGAGUUUGUUUACUUGCAUUUUUCUUUCUUGUUCAUCAAGAAAUUUAGCCAAGAUUUCAAGUUAACCAAUUUUAACUGCACCACAUUUAGCUAGCACUACCCUUUUAUCUUCUUAACUUUGUUUCUCAUUUUCCCUGCAAGCCAUGGGGGUCUUGUCCAUAGGUUAUUCUUUUUCCUCAAGUUUACUCACCAAACUCAUAUUUGGAGUGCCACAAAACAAUGAGCGGUGCCCUUCAAGGAGGAAGGCAUGUGUUGUGUAUUGCCAAGGGGGUGGGAAUGUAAUUAAGUCCUCCUCAGGCUUGUCUUCUGUGUUGACAGAAAGAUCAGCAUUGGUUGGCACAGAUCAUGCAGCUGCAGUUCUAAUGGAUGCAGGAAGCUUGGUCUUGUCACAAAAUGGGAAAAGCCAGGCAGAGAUUUUGGUGAAGGAUUUGGUGCCUUAUGAUGGACCAACAACAUUGAUAGGGGUGGAAGAUGGAAUAGGCAUUGUCAAGUUUCUUGGAGGGAAAAAGUUUUUCAUUACUGGGGCAACUGGGUUUCUAGCCAAAGUUUUUAUUGAGAAGAUUCUAAGGACAGAGCCAGAUGUGGGGAAAAUGUACCUUUUGAUCAAGGCAAAGAAUAAGCAAGCUGCAAUGGAGAGAUUGCAAAACGAAAUCAUAAACACAGAACUUUUCAGAUGCCUUCAAGAAAUCCAUGGAAAAUCAUACCAAGCCUUUAUGUUGAGCAAGCUAGUUCCUGUUGUAGGCAAUAUUUGUGAACAUAAUCUUGGACUAGAUGAGGGUAUAUCUGAUGUUAUAGCAGAGGAGGUAGAUGUCAUUGUAAAUUCUGCAGCUAAUACCACAUUUGAUGAAAGAUAUGACACUGCUAUCAACAUAAACACCAUAGGGCCAUGCCGCCUUAUGAACAUUGCCAAAAAGUGCAAGAAGCUCAAGCUCUUUCUGCAUGUUUCAACAGCAUAUGUCAAUGGACAAAGGCAAGGUAGGAUCAUGGAGAGACCAUUUAGCAUUGGAGAGUGCAUAGCAAGAGAAAAAUAUAUAUCUGAAGUUUCCCCAAAAUACCUUCCCACAUUGGACAUUGAAGGAGAAAUAAAUCUGGUUUCAAAUUACAAAGGGGACAUUGAAGACAACUUACUAGCUCAGAAAAUGAAGGAGAUUGGUCUAGAGAGGGCCAGAAGAUAUGGGUGGCAGGAUACAUAUGUGUUCACAAAGGCUAUGGGAGAAAUGAUGAUUGACAAAUUGAGAGGGGAUAUUCCAGUUGUUGUAAUGCGACCAAGUGUUAUUGAGAGCACUUUCAGUGAACCAUUUCCUGGAUGGAUGGAAGGAAAUAGGAUGAUGGAUCCAAUAGUUCUCUGCUAUGGGAAAGGGCAGCUAACAGGUUUUCUGGUAGAUCCAAAUGGAGUACUAGAUGUGGUCCCAGCUGACAUGGUUGUUAAUGCAACCUUAGCUGCAAUGGCAAGGCAUGGAGUGAGCCAAAAGCCAGAUAUCAAUGUGUACCAAAUUGCUUCAUCUGUGGUGAACCCUCUAGUUUUCCAAGACCUGGCAAGGCUUCUCUAUGAACAUUACAGCUCCUCACCAUGCAUUGACUCAAAGGGUAGGCCAAUUCAAGUUCCACUGAUGAAGUUGUUUAGCUCCACAGAAGAAUUCUCUGGCCACCUGUGGAGAGAUGCUAUUCAGAAAAGAGGCCUCACAGCUGUGGCCUCCUCAAAGGGGAAGAUGUCUCAAAAACUUGAAAACAUGUGCAGAAAAUCAGUGGAGCAAGCAAAGUACUUGGCCAACAUUUAUGAACCAUACACAUUUUAUGGUGGAAGGUUUGAUAAUAGUAACACACAAAGAUUAAUGGAAAGCAUGUCUGAAAAAGAAAAAAGGGAGUUUGGCUUUGAUGUAAAGAGCAUUGAUUGGAAUGACUACAUCACCAAUGUCCAUAUACCUGGCCUAAGGAGACAUGUCAUGAAGGGACGAGGAAUGGGGAGUCUGUGACUUAUUAUAUAUUGUGCCAUGUAAUCUCUAGUCUUAUGCUACAACAAACAACAAACUGUAUUAAAAUGUGUGUUUUUCUUUCUUUUGUAGAACCCUAUAGGGCGUGGCAACAACUACAACAAGAGUAUGCUUCAUUAUCUAUAAUGUAAUUUAAUAGCAAGAAUAAUCAAAUUUUCGUAAUUGGUUACCACCCGGUUUCGCUUAUUUACAUGUUCUUUGGUUGGAA